GCCACACUGUGUUUGUGGAGAGGAAGAUCACUAUAAGUCUAUAACCUUUGACCUUUUCAGGUUAAAUGAAGGUCACACUGUGUUUGUGGAGAGGAAGAUCACAGGACGUUUACACAACAGUGAGGCUCUCCGUCAAUUCAUGGCCAUUGGAGGAUCCAAAAGUCUAAAAGAGACAAUUGAAGUAGUGUUGAAGAAUGGUCCCUACACACGACUGAUCCCAGAUCUUAAGGGAGUGGAUCCAGACGAUGCCUUCUCCAUUGUUCCCUAUGAGAAAGGCUUUACCCUGCUGUUCUAUCUGGAGACCCUGCUGGGGGGACCAGCUGUGUUUGAAAAAUUUCUGAAAGCCUAUGUAGAGAAGUUUAAACAGCAAUCUAUAGACUCAAACCAAUGGAAGGAUUUCCUAUACUCCUAUUUCACUGACAAGAGAGAAGUGUUAGACAGUGUGGAAUGGGAUAAAUGGUUUUAUGAUCAAGGAAUGCCACCCAUUAUACCAAAGUAUGACGACAGUCUAGAGGUCCCCUGUAAACAGCUGUCCAAGAAGUGGUCAUCAGCCGGUGAGAAUGAACUGGACCAAUUUAACCCCAGUGACCUUACCUCUUUGACCUCUGUACAGGUCAGAGAAUUCCUAGCUCUUCUGGUGGAGGAGCCACCAUUAUCACUUACCAAAGUGUUGAAGAUGGAGGAACUGUAUAAAUUGAAUGCUGUCAGGAAUUCAGAAGUCAGAUUUCGCUGGCUGAGGUUGUGUAUCAAGGCCCAGUGGAAAGAUGCUAUUCCCAGGGUGCUAGACUUUGUAAAUGAACAAGGACGGAUGAAAUUUGUCAGACCUCUAUAUAGGGACCUGUAUGGCUGGGAAGAAGCUAGACCAAUAGCCAUACAGAACUUCCAGACUCACAAAGGGGAGAUGCACAACACAACAGCGACCAUGCUGGCAAAGGAUCUCAAACUUACUUAAGACUGUGAUGAGGACUUAUAUUUCUCAGCUGUUUGUGUGUAUUUUGGUUUUCAGACUGACAGUGAUGGUUUAGCAGCUAACAUAUCCAAGACUGGCCAUUUAUAAUGUAAAUCAUUGAUCAAGAAUCUCUAUUUGUUUUAAAUUAUUUUACAGAAAGUACAGUCAAGAAAUUGUACAGGAGUUACAAUUAUAAUGUUUGGAAUAAAAAGUGUUUAAUCACAAAUGAAUGGGUGUGCAAUUGAGAAUUGGUUUAAUUUUCUUUUGAUUCAGGUGAUAUCAUAUAAAAAAACAACUAAUUUUAAUUUGAUCAUUUUAUGAAUGAAAAUCAGUUAUGUACAGUGGAGCCUCAUUUAUCCGGACGCUUUGGUUCCCAAUCAAUUUGUUCGGAUAUGUGAAGCGUCCGAAUACCUGAAUCACCAGUUAAAAAAGACAUAAUAACAUUUUAAAAUUUUGUUCCGAUGAAAAAGCGUCCGGAUACUGAAGCAUCCAGAUAUCUGGCGUCCGGAUAUCUGAAGGUCCACUGUACAAUAUUUGAUUAUUUACAUCUAAGCUAUUUAGAUUUAUCUCUUCAAUUUUGAAACAAGGAACAGAAAUUAGCUGAAGAAAAUAUUCUUUUACAAAAAAGUAUUGAAGAAAAAAUAUUGUUUCUAAUUUUAUUAUUGCUUGAUAACAUUUCCUCAUCAAUCAUAUGGAUCUGAAUCAUGCAAUCAAUCACAAAAGUAUCAAUAAUCAGUUAUUGGAUAGAAAGAAUGUAAAAUCCAGCGGUUGUUUAUAUAGGCUUGUAUUACAUGUUUAAGAAAAGGCACGGUAACUAAAUGAAUGAAAAUCAUUAAUUAUUAAUUUAUUACAUGGAUGCUACAUGUAUUUGCUUUUAUUAAAAUGUUCUGCUUUGUGAUAAACUUCAUUGCAAUGUUUGGUUACCAGGAAAUUGGAUUUAGAUUAAAAUACAUCAGUAUGGUAAAAACCAAACAAGAUUUCAAUUAUUAAGUAUGUAUACAUUCAUGGUCACAUAUAUUUAUGUUUGUUACUUUCAUUUUGAUGGUGGCUAUCUAUUUCACUUUAAACAGAUCAUGCUGAAAAUCCUAGUUUCAAGAAAAUAUGGCUACACAUACAGCAUCACCUAUUUUUAUUUCAAGUAAAACCUUGAGAAAUGGAUUCAUAAUUGCAAAAAUCAGGAGUCACUUUCGAAAAUCAAAGUAAAAUUGAAUAGUCGUAAUCUAGGUUCAGUUUCUUUGUAAUCAAACAUGGCAUUAAAGUAGAGGAAUUGAUUUGUAAUUUCAUGUAUGUCAUUCCAUUAUAUUCCUGGUGACAUCAUACUGUGGCUUACCUAGUCACUAAUUUAAUUAAAUUGUAAAUCAAA